CUACAUAUACCCUCAACUCUGCGAUCUCUUUUAUGCUCAGAAAUUUGCUUGCGAUAACGACUACGACUGAGACGCCACUUUCCUUCCUUCCUUCAACGACAACUUAGCCAACAUGAAUCCUGAAUACGACUACCUCUUCAAGCUGCUCCUCAUCGGUGACUCUGGUGUUGGAAAGUCUUGCCUGCUCCUCCGAUUUGCGGAUGAUACUUACACGGAGAGCUAUAUCUCCACCAUCGGUGUCGACUUCAAAAUCCGAACCAUCGAACUUGAUGGCAAGACCGUCAAACUACAGAUCUGGGAUACUGCCGGUCAAGAGCGAUUCCGAACCAUUACCUCAUCCUACUACCGUGGCGCCCACGGCAUCUGCGUCGUGUACGAUGUCACAGACAUGGACUCAUUCAACAACGUGAAGCAGUGGCUUCAGGAGAUCGACAGAUACGCCACCGAGGGCGUUAACAAGCUUUUGGUCGGCAACAAAUCCGAUAUGGCAGACAAGAAGGUGGUGGAGUACACGGUAGCAAAGGAGUUUGCGGACUCCCUUGGUAUUCCGUUCCUCGAGACCUCUGCGAAGAGCGCUACCAACGUCGAGCAAGCUUUCUUGACGAUGGCCCGCCAGAUCAAGGAGCGCAUGGGAACCACAACUGUCAACAACAAGCCAACGGUGCCUAUCGGACAGGGCCAGGGUGUACAGAGCGGAUCUGGUGGAGGCUGCUGCUAGAGUAGUAGAAGAGCGUAGUCCGGAGAUGACACACAGUUCUAGGCGUGGGUGUUUGUCCGGUGUGGUACAUUAAUGCUCAUGGUUUCUCCUAUCCGCCGUCCAUCAUUCCAGUGUUCCAUGCAUGGCUAGAACGGGGCUUGUCAGUUUCUUUGUUGGAUUCCUAUGAUUUCGGUAUCAAGUUUGCUGCAUCCUGAGAGGACACGGACGAAGCGGCGGAGGAACGCGAUGUCUGUGGAGGUCCCCGGUCGUUUUUUUCAGGUGUAGACUGCUUUUUGUCAUCGACCAUCUUGUGUUGAGCACCGGAUAUUUUCCUUCUCGAGUCUCUUAGUCUGGGCAAAUCAUAACCGUCAUAUACUUGCGAUCUUCUGUUAGUUACAUAAUUGUGAUUUUCUAUUCAUCAACGCAGAGUGACUGAUUGGUUUGAAAGAUAGCAUAACAGAAGCAUCGUAGAUCGAACCUAGAGGCAAGCCUGAAAAUGCCAAUGCACGAAAUGUCUCGA